AUGGUCGUUCGACAUCUCGACGACGGACGAUUCGAAGCAGUACCUCCAUUGUUUCUCAAGUGGCCAGCAAAACACAUUAGUCUCUACACGAUUCUAAUCGACAUCGUCAUCUCUAUACUCUUUAUUUUGGUGUCGAACAAUCUCUCCGCAUUGAUGCUUUUCGGCGUGAUUCUUCUGUCCGCGUUCUUCGCCUUGGGGUAUAGUCGCGAGUCGUUCUCAAUCAUGUACAUUCACCUCGUUUACUGUAUUGUUUACAUAAUUUCAUGCGUUGGAGUCGUCGUUCUAAUCAUUUUUGACAAUUCGGGACCAGUUCAUAAGGAAAUGAAAAGAAUAGGUUAUCCUAUUGAUCCUAUUUGGGUUUACUGUUUCGCCGGAGUAACCAUUAUCUCUCACGCACUCAUGAUUCCACCCUCGGUAAAAGUGAUCAAGUAUGCAGCAAUUGAUGAUGCUCUGAAGAAAAUGAUGGAAGACGAGGAAUUCAAAAAGCGUCUACGAAAACCAUGCCAAGCUAGACCAGAAAUACCAAUUCUUGUGUAG